AUGUCGAAAAAAGUUAUGGCAACGAUCUCAUUAGUCAUCAAUGCUGGAAGUGCUAAGGCAUCGCCCCCUGUCGGACCAGCUCUAGGUUCGCACGGCUUGAAUAUUAUGGCAUUCUGUAAAGACUUCAAUGCUCGAACGGCAGAUAUUAAGCAAAGUGUCCCAAUUCCUGUUCGAAUCACGGCGUUUACAGAUAAAAGUUACGAAUGGGAUUACUCUACUCCACCUACUAGUUAUCUCUUGUUACAAGCUAUAGGGCAAGCUUCGGGGAGCUCGAAACCGAAUCAUGUGAAAAGUGGACAUAUUUCACUCAAACAUAUAUAUGAAAUCGCAAAGGUGAAGGGGCAAAGGAAGGAGUUUAAUUCCAUCCCCGCUAAAAAUAUAUGUUUGAGUGUGCUAGGGAGUGCAAAGAGUCUAGGAAUUCAACUCUUGGAUGCAUCGUAG